AUGGCUUUUCGGCGGAACAUGAGAGCUCACAUGAGGAACCGAAUCCUAGGGGUGGCGUUGCUAGCUGAGGCUUUGCAAGUAUUGCUGGAUAAUGCGAAUGGAGCCGGUGGAGCUCARGUGCAGCAGCCUCGCCGGGCACAAAUUUCGCAAGAGGAGGUUCAGUUUAUCAGGGAUUUCAAACGCUUUGGGCCACCCGUUUUCAACGGGGUGAGUGAGAGGCCUACGGCGACCGAGGAAUGUGUAUUUGGGAUGCUCCGACGAUUUCAAGGUUCGGGGAGCAGUGUUUAUGCUUCGGGGAGAAGCAGUAAAUUGGUGGGAGUCGGUGGCGGCAGCGGAGGAUCACGCCAACGUACCCGUCACAUGGGCAGGUUUAAGGACCUACUGUAUGAGUACUAUUUCCCCGUGACUGUCAGGAAUGAAAAACAGGCAGAGUUUCUCCGUCUCAUUCAAGGAAGCCUAACUGUGGCCCAAUACGAGAGGAAGUUCACGGAGCUGUCCCGUUUUGGAAUGCAAUAUAUUUCUACUGAGCAAUUAAAGAUUGACAAGUUCAUUGACGGUUUGCAUAGGGAGAUCAAGGGGCUACUUGUUCUCAAGGAACCAACUUCAUAUGCAGCGUAG